AUGUCAUUAUUACAACAACUAACAAAAAAAUUCAAUAUGACAUCAUCGAAAAUCAACGAUACAGAGUUACGCAAACAAUUCCUGCAAUAUCUCAAUCAACCGGAAUUAUGCGAACAAUUUUAUAUCUAUAUGAAAUCAGAACAUUUAGCAUAUGUAUUAGAAUUUUAUCUAGCAUGUGAUGGUCUAAGAAAUCUACUUGAUGAUACAUCAAAACAAGGUCCUAUUAUUGAACUUAUUUAUAAACAUUAUUUAUGCAAUGGUAAAAAUUUAUCAUCGUCGUCUAAAGCAAAAUUUUCUCUACCUGAUGAUUUAAUAUCAUCAAUAAAGCAACGUUUAAUUAAACAUGAAUUUCAUUUAAAAUUCUAUGAUCAAGCACAAGAAUAUGUUCUUAAAUAUAUGUUACAAAUGUGUUACCCUAAAUUUCUUAUUGAACAACAGCAACAACAAGAAAAUGAAUUAAAACGUCAAGCAAUGAUAACACCAAAAUUUAGUCCCAUGCAUAAACGACCCAUGACAUCAAGGAAAAAAGAGGCAUUCGAACAAUUAAAACGAAAUCUUAAUACUUCUGUUCCUAUCAAAAUGCCGUCUAAUGUUCGUCAACAACAACCUGUUGACCCCUGUUCAUUAGAAGUAUCAACACUAAUAGCUGAUCAUGAUGCUGGACUAAAUAUCUCUAAACUACCACGAACAGCCAAAUUAACUAAACAACAAAAGGAUCAAUAUAGUCUUGCUCAACGUGAUCCUGCAGCUUUUUUUGAAGAAAUUAAAAAACGUCUCUUAGCUUAUCAAGCAGAAAAUUCAAGUGCCGCAAAACUUCGUGGUCUUUCACAAUCAUUCAAUGUACAAAAUAAAGUUUCAUUUUCAUUUAAUGAUUUUCGAACAGCUGAUGAUGAUUCAUUAGCUGUUCUUGAUUCUCAAAUAGCUAAAACAAUUGAUGAUGCCGAUAAUAGUCUAUUUGAGACGCCAACAAAAAAUAAUUAUCGAUAUCGACCGUCGUCCAUAGCAAAAGAUUAUUCAAUAUUAAGAAAUAGUUUUACACGAUCAGAUUCAGGUGUUGGAACAGAUACAUCGGAAAAAAAUUAUGAAAUCUUUCGUUAUCAACAAGGGAAGAAUUUAACUUCAAUCGAUGUUAUUUGGUAUCCAUCACUUGAUAGUAAUAAUGCUCUCCUAUCUACAAUACCAAGAAUUCGUGAUCAUAUUACAUUUAAAGAAUUUCGAUUAUUGUUUAAAAAACAACCGAUCUAUAGAUAUUUCUUUAAAACAACUUGUACACCUGAUAUUAAUAAAGAGCAGUAUGUAUUUCGUGAAUUAACUAUGGACGAUGAAUUAGUGCCUUUGUAUGAUGGUAAAAUUUUCGUACAAUUAGAUCGGCUUUCUUAA